GAAAUUCCAAAAUCGAGAGUUGUGGAAAUGGCAGCGAUAACUCGGCUUCAUCCUCCUUCUCUCUUGUCCUCCUUCAAAUCUUCCUCCUCAUUCAUCACUCGCUUCCCCUCUUCUACCCUCUACUCCCCUCGCCGUCUUCGCAGUCUCUGCUCCAACGCCCAGGCUCAGGUUUCAACUGCGGAAGCCAACGGAUCAAUAGUUGGGGAUCUACUUGACUACCUCAACGAGUCUUGGACUCACUUUCAUGCUACCGCCGAAGCUAAACGACAACUCAUUGACUGUGCUGGUUUUCUUUUGCUGAAUGAAAAUGAUGAGUGGGACCUUAAGCCCGGUGGGCGCUACUUCUUUACACGAAAUAUGUCUUGUUUGGUUGUGUUUGCUGUUGGAGAGAAGUAUAGUGCCGGUAAUGGUUUCCAUGUGAUUGCUGCUCACACAGAUAGUCCCUGUCUAAAAUUAAAACCAAGAUCCGCAUCAACUAAGUCUGGCUGUCUAAUGAUAAAUGUGCUGACCUAUGGAGGUGGUUUGUGGCAUACUUGGUUUGAUAGAGACCUAAGUGUGGCAGGCAGGGUUAUUUUAAGAGAGGGGAAUGGUUCUUACCUGGAGAGCUAGGUCAUCACUGAGAACAUCUUUCUCUUUUCUGUUUGCUUGUUUAGCACAGUGAACAAGGAUGGAUUUAAACCAAAUGCAGAGACUCAUCUUAUUCCUUUACUGGCAUCAAAACUAGAAGAAACAGCAUCUUCAGACACAAAAGAGAAAAGUGCAACAAUAUCUACAAAAGGAGCUCAUCAUCCAUUGCUCAUGCAGGCAUUAUCAGAUGAGAUCAAUUGUAACGUUGAUGACAUAGUGAGCAUUGAGUUGAAUGUCUGUGAUACCCAACCGAGCUGCCUUGGAAGACUAGAUAAUCUUGCCUCAAGUUACCGUGCACUAAGAGCUCUUAUUGAUUCUUGUAAAUCACCUGGUGAUUUAGCAAGUGAGCAUGCUAUACCCAUGGUUGCUUUAUUUGACAAUGAAGAGGUGGGUUCAGGAUCCAUUUAGGGUGCUGGUGCUCCAACUAUGUUUCAGGCUACGAGAGGCAUAAUUAGUUGCUUAGCUGAAAAGUACGUUGGUGAAGGUUCCUUUGAGCGUGCAAUACGCCAAUCAUUCCUUGUGUCUGCUGAGAUGGCUCAUGGACUCCACCCAAUUUUUAUGGACAAGCAUGAAGAAUAUGAUCGACCUGAAAUGCAGAAGGGACUUGUUAUCUAGCAUAAUGCAAACCAGCGAUAUGCUACUAGUGGAGUCACCUCUUUUCUUUUCCAAGAAAAAGGCAAAAUCCACAACCUUCCAACUCAGGAAUUUGUGGUGAGGAACGAUAUGGGAUGUGUACGAGCUUCAGGGGCUGGCAUCCGUACUGUUGAUUGUGGAAUUGCUCAGCUUUCUAUGCACAGUGUGAGGGAAAUAUGUGGGAAGGAAGAUAUAGACAUUGCUCACAAAUAUUUCAAGGCAUUCUACCAAACUUUCUCAAGCAUUUACAGAAAGCUAAUUGUGGAUUUGUGACAAGACUUUCGUCGAAACUUGAUGAAAGAGACGCAUGAAGACGGAUUGCAAGGAAAAAUGCAUGUCUGGUUAAGUUCUGCGAAUUGAUGGUGCGUGAGUAAACAGUUGAGCUAGUGGCAGUGUCAGUAU